UGUUACAAAGAUAUGAUGCGAGAAAGUUAGUAAAAAUAUGGCAGGAAACGCAGGAGCUGUUCAGGAUGAAGAAAUUGGUUAUGGAGGGAACAAGGUCCAACCUUUUGCCUCUACGCCAAGGCCGUCAAAAACUGAGAGAGGGAAGCGAGAUUCCUCUGCAUUGAGCAGGAUUCUGGGCUUGGAUGAACUUGUUUCUUUGAAUGUGUGGAGAGCAUCCUUGGCGGAGGUUUUUGGCACAGCAGUCCUGGUCUUUGCAAUGGACACUAUCGUAAUUUCCUCCUACGAGACCCAAACCAAAACACCAAACCUUAUAAUGGCAACCUUAAUAGCCAUAACAAUUGCAAUUCUCCUCCUAGCCACGUUUCCCAUUUCCGGCGGCCACAUGAACCCAGCCAUCACUUUAUCGGCUAUGUUUACAGGCCUUAUUACUGCUUCACGCGCCGCCAUAUACAUCUUGGCUCAAUGCAUUGGAGCCAUACUAGGUGCACUAGCUCUAAAAGCUGUGGUUAAAAGCACCAUAGAGCAAACAUUUUCACUUGGAGGCUGCACUCUAAAAAUUAUCGCACCAGGACCAAGUGGGCCUGUUGCUAUAGGGCUCGAGACGGGCCAGGCCCUUUGGCUGGAGAUAAUUUGUACAUUUGUCUUUCUAUUUUCUUCGAUAUGGAUCGCAUUUGACAGGCGGCAAGCCAUAGCCCUGGGCCGAGUUGUUUUUUGCUCAAUAAUUGGGCUGGUAGUGGGCCUCCUCGUGUUCAUCUCGACAACGGUGACCGCAACCAAAGGCUAUGCCGGAGUUGGGAUGAACCCAGCUAGAUGUUUAGGUCCAGCACUCGUUAGAGGCGGUCAUCUGUGGAAGGGGCAUUGGGUAUUUUGGGUUGGGCCUGUAGUUGCCAGCGUGGCGUUUUCACUCUACACCAAGAUUAUUCCACGGGAACACCUCCUUGGAGCAGAAUCAAAAUAGAGAGGCUUUUAUACGGUGCAUCAUGUUGUCGUUUCUUUCAAUGUAAUAAUACGUCCCUUGCCGUUUCAUGGGCACAAUGUUCUGUAGUUAGGGGGGUUAGGGUGUGUGAACGAUGUUUUUAUUACUAACUCUUAUAUGAAAAUAAUUUGUUUUAA